GUCCGGAGGGCGACACCCCGCCCCCGCCCCCCCGCGCUGAGCCGGGCUGCGGGGAGCCUCGGAGCGCGCCGCCACUCCAGCCCUCGAAGGCGGCGGGCAGGCAGCGCUGCCGGGGCUCCGGGGCAGGGCUGCGGCGCAGGAGCCCGCAGGGCCGAGGAGGGUCGUGAGAAGGGACCCGGGGACCGCGCAGCGCAGAGGGGGAGUCCCGCGCAGUGUGGAGGAGGAGCCCGGCGGAGCACCCCGCGCAGCCCAGAGCCGGGACACCGCGCGCCCCGCGCAGAGGGGGAGCCCGGGGGACUCAGAGCCGGGACACCGCGCAGAGGUUGGACGCCCCGCGCAGGGGGAGCCCGCAGCGCAGAGGCUGGGCACCGCGCGCCCGGGAGCAGCCGGGCGGCCCGGCAAGUUGGCGGCGACUGGAACCCGUGGGGAGGUGGGGGCGCAGCCAGCCCGGGAGGCGCUCCGCGCCCGCUCGCCAUGCAGAGACCCAGCGGCCAAGGGGCCGCCUUCUCCAUCGACUCGCUGAUCGGGACCCCGCCGCCGCGCUCCGGCCACCUGCUCUACACCGGCUACCCCAUGUUCAUGCCCUACCGGCCGCUGGUGCUGCCCCAGGCGCUGUCCCACGCGCCCCUGCAGUCCGGCCUCCCCCCGCUCGCCCCGCUGGCCUCCUUCGCCGGCCGCCUCACCAACACCUUCUGCGCCAGCCUGGGGCAGGGGGUGCCCUCCAUGGUGGCGCUCACUACCGCGCUGCCCAACUUCAGCGAGCCCCCCGACGGCUUCUACCCGGCGCAGGAGCUGCCGGCUGCGCGCACCAACCCGGAGCCGGGCUGCAGGCGGAGCGCAGAGAGCUUGGAGGCGGAGGAGCUGCCCCCGGCCCGGGACAAGGGGCCCCCUGAGCCGCCGCUACACUUCCCGGACCCUUUCCCCAGCCUGGCAGAUGGCAAGGCGUACAGCUCCGAUGAAGAGAAGCUGGAGGUGAAAUCGGCGGAGACCCCGUGCAGUGAGAGGGAAGAGGAGAGCUCGGCGCCUGACAGCGAGGACGAGAGCUUCCUGGAUGGGAGCAGCGCCAGCUGCCUGGGGCCCAAGGCCAAGGCCAAGAGCAGCUCCGGCGGGGAGCAGGCACCCCCCGGCUCCAACCCAGGGAAGAGCCGCCGGAGGCGCACGGCCUUCACCAGCGAGCAGCUGCUGGAGCUGGAGAAGGAAUUCCACUGCAAGAAGUACCUGAGCCUGACGGAGCGCUCGCAGAUCGCCCACGCCCUCAAGCUCAGCGAGGUGCAGGUCAAGAUCUGGUUCCAGAACCGCCGCGCCAAGUGGAAACGCAUCAAAGCCGGCAACGUCAACAACCGCUCCGGUGAGCCCGUCCGCAACCCCAAGAUCGUGGUGCCCAUCCCAGUGCACGUCAACAGGUUCGCCGUGCGCAGCCAGCACCAGCAGAUAGAGCAGGGCAGCCGGCCCUGAGCCCUGCCACACGCUCCGGGCUCCAGCUCAGAAACUCUGUGGGAGGAAAACGCCAAAUGCCCCUGGCUGCAAACUAGCAGGCACAUGCCAUGGCUGGCAGAGGGGCCUGCCUUGCAUGGCCGAGCGGGCCCAGGGCUGCCCCAAGCUCCCAUUCCGGAUGCUGCAGCAAAGGGAGAUGCUCCAGUGCAGACCCGUGGGGCGGCGCUGCAGGGGGGAGUUUUAACCAUUUGUGCUCCAGCCGCUGCUCACAAACCUCUCUGUAAAUAUCCCUUAUUUAUUCUGUGUAAAGUCUGUACAUAUGGAAUUGUGUGUGUCUGUCCAUCUGUCGGGGGGAGUGCAGGGCUGCCUCCGAGCGGGAUAGGGCUCUAGCUGGUGCUGGGCUCCUGUGUGCACUGAUCAGUCUGUGGGUUCUCCAGGCCCCCUACCUCCGCAUGCCGCCCUCUCUUCCCCCAUCCCCUCCUCCCUGCAGCAGGGCAGGGUUGCACAGAAGGGGUGGAUGGGGUACGUAUUUUCUCACUGUCCGUAAGGUAUCGCUGUGACUGGCUGCGUCUGUGCCCCAUCCAUGUAUAGUUGUGAUUUCAAUAAAUUAUUUUCUAUGGAAAGGAAACAAGAUUCUUCCCUGCCUGCCUCCCUGAAAGGAGAGGCUCUGCCUGGAAACCAUGCCACAUGCCGCAGAGGUGGCCGGGGGAUGGGAGGUGGCGGGGGUGGAGGAGCUCUCAGCCAAUGUGUGCACAUGCUGGAAAUGCCCCAUACUAACACAGCACCGUGCAAAAUCAACAUGGUGCGUAUUACAGGAGUUAAAACCUGGCUGAUCUCCAAAGGUAACUGCAUGAGCCGACGUUGGCCCAAGGAGCUGUCUGGGUGAGAUCCCACUGGAUGGGAUGCUUCUUGGUCGAACGCUAGUUCAAAUCUUACUAAUGAUCCAGUGAAGAACAUAGACAAUUAUUGCAGGUGGCACAAAGCCAGCCGGAGUGGGAGACGCUGGGGUAGGUC